UUGAUUGUCAUUGUCAACAAAAAAUGAACGUUGUGACCAUUGCAAGUAAUGUGUAAAUAAUUUUUAAAUAACAUAAAGUGAGAAUUAAAUAAUAAUGGCUGACGUUGAGGAAUACUUCCCGCGUGGUGGCAAAAAGCCAACCACAACACACUUCAAACAAAACGCAAAUUUUUUAGGAACUGCUGAGAAGAAGGAAAAGAAAAGGAAACCGAAACCGAAAAAGAAAUCCGAAGAAGAUGACGGAUAUUUGUCGGAAGACGUUACUAAAGAAUCGGAUAAAUCGUACAAAACUUGUGGAUUAUGGUUAAGUUAUAAGGUACUAAAACCAGACUUCCUUGUGCUCGGCAGAGUAUCUGAUAUAAAGGAAACGAAAAUAGUAAUAUCGCUUCCCAGUAGACUCUUGGGUUCGGUGAUGGCAUGCCACAUCAGUGAACCGUACAAUAAAUUAUUGGAAGCAUAUGUGGAGGAUAAGAUAGACAGAGUGCCAGAGCUCGGACAGAUGUUCAAGCGUGGACAGUAUGUGACGGUGAAGGUGCUGGAGGUGCAAGAGAAGAUCACCCUGCUGACCAUGAUGCCACAACAUGUGAAUAGCGAUAGGAAACACAGUGAUUUACAUAAAGGUGCUCUCUUACAAGUGGCAGUGUCGUCAGUAGAAGACCAUGGAUAUAUAGUGGACACAGGCAUACCAAAUACAACAGCAUUUUUGCCCAAGAAAGCUGUUAAUUCUGAUGUAGAACUUGUGGAGGGUGCAAUCAUUUGGUGCACAGUAAAGUCCCUAAAGACAGACAACACAGUUUUAACUCUAUCAAAUGAUACAACAUCGCUACAGAAUGCCUUCCAGAAGAUGACCUCCACCACCAUACCACCCGGCACUUGCCUUGAGUUUGUUGUUGAUAAGCCUCUGGACAAUGGAAUCGAGGGUCGCAUAUUCGGAGACAGGACUGCGUAUAUACAGAGACAUCAUAUUAACACAACUAAAGGGAAAAAGCCUGUGCUUGGACAAAAGAUAAGAGCCCGUCUAAUAUACACACUUUCGGCAAGCAAUAUCCCCUUUUUGACAAUGCGAGACAUAUUCGAUCCUGCGUGCUUGGAUAUGGAAACUGAACAGAUUUACAAUGAAGGAGACAUUAUUGAGGAGGCUCAAGUACUAAAAAUCCUGGGUCGAGCAGUCUACUUCAAGCUAGGUCCAAACCAGAGCGGAGUGCUAAGCAUACGUCGUGUUCAGAAUCUGGACGACCUCACUGAUGAGGAGGUGCUUCUCAAGUCUUAUCCUAUUGGCAGUACUCACAAAGUGCGCAUCCUCGGCUACCACCUCCUCGACGGCGUGUACUACAUCACGGACCAGGUGGAACUGCUCCGGGAGAGAUACUUCAGGCUGCAGCAGCUGGCGGUGGGCGAGCUGGUGACGGCCACCGUCACUAGCGUCAGUGACACCUUCCUGAGGGCCAGCGUGGGCAGGGUCGGUGCCUUCAUCCCGCACGCUCACAUGACGGACGCCGGUAUAUUCGUGGACCCGAAAAAGGCGAGCACAUCAAAAUUAUCCAAAAAGAAAUUUAAGGUUGGUCAAGAAGUAAACGCCCGUGUGCUGAGUAUAGACGAGAGCCACAACAACGUGAUACUGACACUAAAACCGACCCUACUGUCUCCAGACCUGGAAAUCUUGGAUAAUUAUGAAAAUGCUGUGCUGGGCAAGGCAUAUACUGGUGUUGUUUCGCAAAUCCGGGAACAUCUACUAGUGUCGUUCUUCAACAACGUGCGUGCGUUCAUACCGCGCAAGUGUGUGAGCCGCGAGCCGAUAGAUAACCUCACACACGCUUUUCAUUUGGGACAAAUUGUAAAAUGUGUUCUUAUAGACGUGAAUACGGAAGAAAAGAAACUAGUUGGAAGCCUGAUCGCUGAGCCGUUUGAUCCAACCAAGCAAAGAACAAAACGGCAACGGAAUAAUUCCACUAACAGAGAAAAUGUAAAAGAAGAUAAAAUCAAUGAAACAGAUGAAGUCGCGCCAAAAAAACGAAAGAAAAAUAAGGAAAUUCAACAAAAUGAUGACAAUAAUAUGGACGUAGACAACGAAGUGCAAGGUGAUGCUGUAAAAGAAAAGAAAAAGGACAAAAAGAAAAAGAAAGAAGAACAAGAUAAGUCAGAAGAAAGUGACGCGAUAGAAACAGACAUUCAAGAAACAAAAGAUCAAACACUAUCACCAGGCGACUUAAAACUGCUAGACUUAACAAAUUGUAAAACAGAAAAGAAUUUCACGAAAAGAGUUCGCGAAUUACUUCGAAUUAUGAAUAUUAAAAUGAAAAAGCUAAAUACUACAGAAAGUAAAAUACAAGAUAUAGAAAACGAAGGUUUAGAUCCAACUAACAAGAAAUUUCAUACAAAACUACAUAUAGAAAGGCUAACACUACAAGAGAAUAUACAACAAUUUUUAGAUACGGUCAAAAUUGCGCAAGAAAAGUUAAAAGAAUUUGAAAGUGUAAAAAAAGUAGUUAACAAAGAAGUAGUUAAAGAAAAAGGAGUUAGUAAAAAGGAUAAAGCUAAAGAGAUUGAUGAAGAAACAAUAAAUAAAAUAAAAGAUAUAAAAGUAGUGGAUAAGUUGGAGCCAGUGCUUGAUGUGCCGAGUGCGAAAGAUUUCUGGUCUCUAGAUACUCCGGUGACUGAGAAGGUAGAAGAAGAUUCGAGUAGUAGCUGUGAAGAUGAGGAAGAAGAGAAGCCCAAGAAGAAACGCAAGAAGCUCUCCGCCGCGGAGAAAGCGUCCAAGGCGAGAGAAGAAGAAGAGAGAGUGAGAGAGAUGGAACGGAGGGCGAUAGAGAGUGAGAACCAGCCGCGGUCGGUGGAACAGUUCCAGAGAGCGUUGUUAGCCAGCCCGGACUGUAGUCAGCUGUGGAUCGCGUAUAUGGCCUUCCAUUUGCAGUCGACAGAGAUAGAGCGAGCUCGUGGUGUUGCCAGGAAGGCGCUGAGUACAAUCAACUUUAGAGAGGAACAGGAGAGACUCAAUGUGUGGCUCGCUCUGCUUAACUUGGAACACCGAUUUGGUACUAAGGAAACGCAACAACAAACGCUCGACGAAGCGUUGCAAAUGAACGACCGCUUCGCAGUCCACAGCGCUCUAUUAGAUAUCCUCGUGGACACCAGCAAGCCCCAGGAGCUGGUGCAGCUGGUUGAGCUGAUGCUGCGGAAGUACCGCCUCCAGGGGGUCUACGGGGUGUGUGGAGCAGCGUGCUAUAAGGCGGGCCUGGUGGAUAAAGCGAGAUAUGUGAUGCAGAAGGGCAUAGCGACGCUGGAGAAGAAGCAACAUGUCGAGUUACUAGUGCGUUUCGCGCAACUGGAGCGUGUAUACGGCUCCCGCGAACGCAGCGAGGCGCUGUUCGAGCAAGUGCUCGGCGCGUACCCGGCGCGCGUCGACGUCGCCGCUGCGUAUGUGGACGCGCUGGUGAAGAGCGGUGACGCAGCGCAUGUGCGACAAGUUUUAGAACGACUGACGUCGCACAAGUUACCAGCGCGCAAAAUGAAGGUGUUGUUCAAGAAAUGGAUCGAAGUUGAAGAAAAGUUUGGAAAUAAAGAUCAAGUGGAGCUAAUACGACAAAGAGCCGCAGAAUAUGUGGAAAAAGCCAAGUUUUAGGAAAUAAAACAAUUUUCACAUAA